AUGUCUGAAAUUACUUUAGGUCGUUACCUAUUCGAAAGAUUACACCAAGUUAGCGUCGAUACCAUUUUUGGUCUACCAGGUGAUUUCAAUUUAACACUAUUAGAUAAAGUCUAUGAAGUCGCAGGCAUGAGAUGGGCAGGUAAUGCAAACGAAUUGAAUGCCGCUUAUGCUGCCGAUGGAUAUGCUCGUAUUAAAGGUAUGUCAUGUUUGAUAACAACCUUUGGUGUCGGUGAAUUAUCAGCAUUGAAUGGUAUUGCCGGUUCUUAUGCUGAACAUGUUGGUGUCCUACACGUUGUUGGCACUCCAUCAACCACUUCUCAAGCCAAGGGUUUGCUAUUACACCAUACUCUUGGUAAUGGUGACUUUACUGUCUUCCAUAGAAUGUCUUCCAAUAUUUCUGAGACUACUGCUAUGCUUACCGAUAUUACUGCUGCUCCCGCCGAAAUUGAUAGAUGUAUCAGGACUACUUAUAUUGCCCAAAGGCCAGUUUAUUUAGGUAUUCCAGCUAAUUUCUUUGAUUUGAAAGUUCCUGCCAACUUAUUAAACACUCCAAUCGAUUUAUCUUUGCAUGAAAAUGAACCAGAAGCUGAAAAGGAAGCCUUAGGGAUGGUACUAGAGUUAGUUAAAAAAUCCAAAAAUCCAAUUAUAGUGGUAGAUGCAUGCGCUUCAAGACAUGAUGUCAAAGCUGAGACUAACAAAUUAAUUGAAUUGACACAAUUCCCAACCUUUGUCACUCCAAUGGGCAAAGGUGCUAUUAAUGAACAACAUCCAAGGUAUGGUGGUGUCUAUGUCGGUACUUUAUCAAGACCUGAGGUCAAAGAGGCGGUGGAAUCUGCUGAUUUAAUCUUGUCAAUUGGUGCCUUAUUGUCAGAUUUCAAUACUGGUUCGUUCUCUUAUUCAUAUGAUACGAAGAGCGUUGUUGAAUUUCACUCUGAUUACGUUCGGAUCAAGAAAGCUACCUUCCCUGGUGUUCAAAUGAAAUUUCUUCUAGAUAAAUUGAACUAUAUUAUUCCAAAUUAUGUUCAAAGUUAUAAGCCAAGACCUGUCCCAACCAGAGUACCAGACAAUGCGCCAAUAGGACCUUCCACUUCGUUGAAACAAGCAUGGUUGUGGAAUCAAUUAUCCAAGUUUUUAAAAGAAGGUGAUAUCGUCAUUGUUGAGACAGGUACUUCCGGGUUUGGUAUUAAUGAAACUACAUUUCCAAAGAAUGUGACUUGUAUUUCUCAAGUGUUAUGGGGAUCUAUUGGAUUUGCUACCGGUUGUACUCUCGGUGCUACAAUGGCAGCUGAAGAGUUGGAUCCUAAGAGGAGAGUUAUUCUUUUCACUGGUGAUGGUUCAUUGCAAUUGACAGUCCAAGAGAUUUCUACCAUGAUUAGAUGGAAUUUGAAACCAUAUUUGUUUGUUCUAAAUAAUAAGGGUUAUACUAUUGAGAAAUUGAUUCAUGGUCCAACUGCUGCGUAUAACGAAAUUCAACAUUGGGAACAUUUGAAAUUGUUAGAAACGUUCGGUGCCAAAGAUUAUGAAAAUUAUAGAGUCUCUACCACAGGUGCGUGGAACGAAAUGACUGGGGACAAGAAAUUCAAUGAAAACUCGAAAAUUAGAAUGAUUGAAGUUAUGUUACCAGUUAUGGAUGCUCCUGAGUCUUUGAUCAAACAGGGAGAAUUAACAGCCCAGAUUAACUCUAAGCAUUAA